GCAACACUGCCCGGAGCUAACCUGUACAAAUAUACAGACCAUCAAAAGCCGCUAAAAGAAGUUAGUAUCUGCAAAAUGUUUUUGCCUGAUAAAAUAUGGACAUACAAUGCUAUGAAGAAGCUGCACACGCUGAAGAUAUAGGAAAUGUGAAGCAACUUUAUUUGAAGAUAGUUUGCAUACCAGGCCAGAUGUGGAUGCAAGACCCAAGGUGGGGAAAUGCAAAAUUGGUACGAUUGGAAGAGUUGUGGGUGUCAGAUAACUGUAAACUUCAUGCUGGUUGGAAAAGUUUGAUAGAAGUUUCACCAAACAUACGUAAAUUUGUAGCUAAGUCAUGGCACUAUGAUGAUAGCCUCAAUGAUUUUGGACUACGUUGUUGGUUUCAAAAGGGGAAACACAACUGUACACAAUACCAAUUUAUCGUUGAAAAAAUUGAAAUUACACAAACCAAGCCUUCAAAUGUUUGUCCAAAUGGUAUUUCCCAACGUGCUUGGCAGAUGCUCAUAGACUGUGAUAUGCCUUGCGGUACUAAAGGAUCUAGUCAAAUACAGUGUAAUAUUCAAAAUAUCAAAUUUGUUGAUUUAAAUUUUGAUCCUGUACUUUUACACUGUACCUCAGACCACAGUGAAGCAUACUCGUACUCAGAAGCAGCACUCGAAGCGCUAUUUUCUGACGCUUGUAUAUUUUUAAAGAGGCUAAGGUUGAGAACGUGUCUAUUUUCUCUUAAAGGUUUCGAGAAGUUAGAAUUAUCUCAGGAACCAAGAAUUAAAAAAAUAAGAACGCAAGUAGACCAUCCAUUUCAUCAGAUAGCACUGAAGUUAUACUUUUUGAAGGAACUUGAAAUACGCUACUGUCGCGAUUGUGCAACUCAUUGGUCCAUAGAUGGGGGGUAUAACUCUAUUGCAAUGCUUGUGAAUUUAGAAAAGAUAAGCUUAGAUAUCCCACCAUUGUCAGACGGAUCUUUUCUUGAAACCACUUUAAAGACAUGCAAAAAUUUACGAUUUUUAAGCUUAAAUUGUCUUAGGUUAAAUUAUGAGUUUGUAAAUAAUUUACGUAACUUGAAAUAUGCAACAUCACUUAAAGAUUUUAGGUUACUAUAUGAUCAAAUCGACAUAGACAUGUUGUUCGACUGCAUCAAUGAUAUAAACAAAUUACAAAGAAUGUUUCUAAGUUGCAACAAAUUAUGUUACGCCUGCGAUAACAAUGAGUCAGCAGUUUAUAAAAAGUUUUUCCAAAAACAUCCCAACUUGAUAUUCCUAUUUAUUGCCGCGCGCAAACAAACUUGUCAACAGAACUCUGAAACUCAAAAGAUAUUCGAUACGUACAAGGCGGAUAGUUCAGCUAAGAUUUAUGUAAUUUAUAAUGAUUCCCAUGUCGCUCGGGCCAAAAUUUUCAUACCAGCUGCACAUGAGGAUAUGAUCCUGCACAAAUACCGUGGAGAAGCCGUUGAUAAAACGAAUGUGUCCAUUAUCCAUUUUGAGGAAUUUUAAUGCUUGUAAAUUCAAUCGUGUUGCAGUUUUAAAAAGUCUUAUCUGUAUAGAUUUCGACGUGCUCUUUCUCAAGUGUCAUUUUCCCACGUGUAUUUAUUCUCCCUACAUCGCCGUAUUGGAAAAAUGUCACCUAUAAGCAGUUUUUUUUUAAUUCAUGUACCUACCCUAUUUCCAUCAUGGUAGAAUGACAGCUGAUUAUCUAGUAAUAUCUCAAAAUUCCCCAUAUCGGCACAGAACACAUAAUUCUGACGGAUCCGUCAAAGUCAGGUAGACGAAUUUUGUUUUGGUUUAUAAAAGGUUUUUCCAAAAACAUCCCAACUUGAUAUUCCUAUUUAUUGCCGCGCGCAAACAAACUUGUCAACAGAAUUCUGAAACUUAAAAGAUAUUUGAUACAUACAAGGCAGCCAGUUCAGCUAAGAUUUAUGUAAUUCAUAAUGAUUCCCAUGUCCCUCGGACCAAAAUUUACAUACCAGCUGCACAUGAGGAUAUGAUCCUGCAAAUACCGUGGAGAAGCCGUUGGUAAAACGAAUGUACCCAUUUUGAGGAAUUUUAAUGCUUGUAAAUUCAAUCGUGUUGCAGUUUUAAAAAGUCGUAUCUGUGUAGAUUUUGACGUGCUCUUUCUCAAGUGUCAUUUUCCCACGUGUAUUUAUUCUCCCUACAUCGCCGUAUUGGAAAAAUGUCACCUAUAAGCAGUUUUUUUUAAUUCUUGUACCUACCCUAUUUAACGAGUAUCCAUCAUGGUAGAAUGACAGCUGAUUAUCUAGUAAUAUCUCAAAAUUCCCCAUAUCGGCUCAGGACACAUAAUUCUGACGGAUCCGUCAACGCCAGGUAGACAGAGCCGAAUUUUAUUUUGGACUUUUUGUACGCUACAGGUUAAUUUUGCAGCUCUUUUAUUUAGAAAAGUUCAUUUGCAUACAACAAACAAAAGGCUAUAAACAGGUUUUACUACGAUCCAUUAUUGCCAACCUUGCAGACUAACACAAAAAUGUCACUUGCUGAUCAGCUGUUCACUUCAGCAGACGUCAAAGCGUGAUGAAUACUCGUGAAAUAGGGUAUACAUAUUAUGAUACUGAAAAAUUGUUACAUGGCAAGUUAUCUAACUCUAAUUUAUGUACCCGGAAUUUUUUGUGAGAUGAACAAUUUUGGAAAAUCGUUGCUCGGUUCAAUUUCACUUGGAACGUUUUCAAAAUGUCUCAAAAGUGACUUUUUCAUGUAUGUUGACGUGUUCCUACCGAAUUUUCAUUUCGCUAGGUCGUAUCUUGACUGUUUACGCCUACAUAUUGACCAGAAGGUGUUUUAAACAUGUUUUUAACACGCUUUUUUAUAAGCUUGGCCUAUAUGUAUGUAUGUAUGUGAUUUAAUCAGAUCAUAAUUAUCGUUCCUAAGCUGUACGUGUUCCAAAAGAUGAAUAUAUGCAAUCUAGCUUAAUCCAAAAUGUUUUAUUAGGGAGAGUUAGUCUUGUGCUUAGUCAUUUUUCGAUGUUUAAAAUUAGGUUAUUUCCUUUCAUAUGUGAAGAUUUAUAUGUACCUGUAUUUUAGCUUCAUUCGUAUCAGCACAUGUAUAUUUAUUACUAUUAUCAUAGUUUCACAGCGGUAUUUCAAAAGGCAUGCUAGAAGUUUAAUUUGUGCAACCCCAUUAGAUUUUGAUUAUUUUCAUUACUAUGUAAC